GCUUGCGUAGCCGCCGGGACCCCUGCGCGCACCGCCUCUCGCCCCUAGCCACCGCGCGCCGCCGCGGACACGCACUUCCUGCGAGGCCUCCGUGCGCACCUUAGGCAAGCCGAACCGAGCUGAACCCUGCCCCGCACCUGCGAGCUGUUCGCCAUGGUGGACGAGCUGGUGCUGCUGCUGCAUGCGCUCCUGAUGCGGCACCGCGCCUUGAGCAUCGAGAACAGCCAGCUCAUGGAACAGCUGCGGCUGCUGGUGUGCGAGAGGGCCACCCUACUGCGCCAGGUACGUCCGCCGAGCUGUCCGGUGCCCUUCCCCGAAACGUUUGACGGCGAGAGCUCCCGGCUCCCCGAGUUUAUCGUGCAGACGGCGUCUUACAUGCUUGUCAACGAGAACCGAUUCUGCAACGACGCCAUGAAGGUGGCAUUCCUAAUCAGCCUGCUCACCGGGGAAGCCGAGGAGUGGGUGGUGCCCUACAUUGAGAUGGAUAGCCCCAUCCUAGGUGAUUACCGGGCCUUUCUCGAUGAGAUGAAACAGUGUUUUGGCUGGGAUGAAGACGAAGAAGACGACGACGAAGAUGAAGAGGAUGAUUACUAGGCCCGGAGACCCUCAGGCCUAGGGGGGAGGGCCCUGCACGCCGCCCCCUCCCCCCUCCCCGCCGUGCCCCGCCCGGAGCCACCACGGUCCCCUUCCCCACCCCGGCCGCUGGGUGUCUUCCUCGUUCCCUCUCCUCCCCGUAGUGCUUGUCUUUGUUCCGGGG